CCCCUCCCGCAUGCUCAGUGCUCCAGUGUCAGACAGCAUGGCCGAGCCCGGCUCCCAGCAGCAGGAUGAGGGUUACUCUCAGUUCGUGGCCUUGCACCAGGCGGCUCUCCUGGCAUCGGGGGUCCCGCAGUUUUACUGGCCGAGCCUGCACCGGAAGAUAGAAGGAGAGCUCUUUGAUGCUGGGGAAAUGUUUGGAAUAAUGCAGGUGGAAGAGGCUGAGGAGGAAGAGGAGGAGGAGGAACGGGCAGAAAUUGAAAGAGAACUGAAAAAGAAACCAAACCCUGGAACAGAACCAUCUUUUAAAGUAAUUGUCACCAAUGAGCACGGGCUGAGCGCCACUGACCCUAACUGCAUUUUUCUUAUUGACCACGCAUGGACAUACCGUGUGGAGCAUGCUCGGCACCAGCUAAUAGAAGUUCCUGGCCUCCUUCAUCGUAUGGCCAACCUCAUGGGCAUUGAGUUUCAUGGAGAAGCUCCAGAUGCGGACGUGGUGGAGUUUGUUCUGAAGGAAAUGUGGAAAUAUAACCAGACGUAUCGGCUUUCACAUGAGACCGCAGAGGAGAAAGUUCCAGUCUGGUAUAUAAUGGACGAAUUUGGGUCUAGAAUUCAGCACUCAGAUGAGCCAACAUUUGGAACUGCUCCGUUUUACUACAUCCCCCAUCAGCUAGCAUACACCAUACUGUGGCCCCUCAGGGACAUGAGCAAUGGAGAGGAAGUAUCCCGUGAUUAUGCUUAUGGAGAGACCAAUCCUUUGAUACGGAGCUGUCUGCUUUUACCUUGGCAGCCUGUGGAUCUUGCCCACAUUAAUCACCAAACACCGGAACCCUCUGAGGCCCAUUAUCAGGCUAUUUUUUCUGAGAAUAAAGAGUCUCUGCCUCUUCCUGUGGAGCCUCCAUUACAUGACAAGAGUAAAAUUUUUAAAGUUUACACAGAUAUGCAGCAAGUGCUAAAUGGUGUGAACCACCAUCGAUUUGCAUUCACAGACAACGAGAAAGAAGCUGACAUUCUCUUCAACUUCUCCCAUUUCAAAGAUUACAAGACACUCAGCACAGAGAGACCUCAUGUCCUACUCAAUCAGUUCCCUUGUGAGAAUCUUUUGACUGUAAAGGAUUGCCUCGCGUCCAUCUCUAGGAGGAUUCGAGGACCAAAAGGUCCAAAAUGGCUGCCACGUACCUUUAAUCUGAAGACAGAGCUCCCGCACUUUAUCAGCUACUACAAACAGCGUGAGGAAAGAGGGGAAGACAAUCACUGGAUCUGUAAGCCGUGGAACCUUGCCCGUAGUCUGGACACGCAUGUCACAACCAACUUGUCUUACAUCAUACGACAGAGGGAGAGCACUCCAAAGGUUGUGUCCAAAUACAUAGAGAAUCCAGUACUUUUUUAUCGGGAUGAUGUUGGGAUGGUGAAAUUUGACAUCCGUUAUGUGGUACUUCUCCGCUCCGUACGACCCCUCAAGGUCUAUGUCUACAAUGUCUUCUGGCUUAGAUUUGCUAACAGGCCAUUCACACUCGAUGACUUGGAUGACUAUGAGAAGCACUUCACUGUCAUGAAUUAUGCUUCCAAAGUGCAACUGAAGCAGAUUCAUUGUGAAGAAUUUAUUACCAUGUUCGAGAAGCAGUAUCCUGAAUAUCCCUGGAAGUCUAUCGAGAAUGAAUUAUUUAAAACCUUUGGAGAACUAUUUCAAGCAGCAACCUCCAAGCCUGCCCCACUUGGGAUCUGCGAUUACCAGUCAUCCCGAGCCAUCUAUGCUAUAGACCUGAUGCUGAAGUGGGACACCGACAGUGACGGAAAGCGGGUGAUGCAACCACAGAUUUUAGAAGUGAACUUUAACCCCGACUGCACCAGGGCCUGCAAGUACCAUCCAACUUUUUUCAAUGAUGUCUUCAGCACACUGUUCUUAGACGAAACAGACAAUUGCCAUGUAACCCCCAUCCUUUAAUGAUGUUUAAGCUGCUAGAUGCUUUAAUUGGAAAUUAGCUUCCUGGACUUCAUACAACCAGCAAAACCUAUAUAUCCGUAAUAUGCGUCACAUCAUAAUGCUAUUGUAUAUAUCGCUAUACAGCUUAUAUGAAUAUCAAGAUAUUACUGCUUUUUUAAAGGGGUUGGCUUUUCUUUCCAGAUGCAAUGCACAUCUUGUCUAUAGGCUGUGUCUGGUAUUGUAGACCAGCCUAAUUCACUGCAAUACUAGACACAGCCUGUGGACAAUAGGGGCACUGUUUAGGGUACUUUUACACUAGCGUUUUUGUUUUCCGGUAUUGAGUUCCGUCCUAGGGGCUCAAUACCGGAAAAAAAUUAUCCUAAUGCAUUCUGAAUGGAGAGCAUUCCGUUCAGGAUGCAUCA